AUGGUUGAUAAGAAAUAAUUCUAAAAACUCUUAGCUGAAAAGCAAACAAAAGAUGAUAAGAAAAAGGAGAAGAGAGCUGAGCUCAAGACUCAAAAGUUGGAAGAUAUCAAAAAGAAAUUAGGUCAAGCCAAGGAAAGAAAGGCAAAGAAAAUGACUAAAUAAGAAAAAAUGAUUCUUAAAUCUAAAGCCAUCAAAAAGGUUGAUCCUGUCAAGGCUGCUGAAGAAAAAAAGAAAAAAAUCAGUUCUACCAAGCCUAAGGUCGAUGACUAUGCUGCUUUUGUAAAUGCAGAAAAUCAUCUUUACAAUUAGUUGCGCAAACGUACUAUCCAAAAAAUUAAAUUAGAUAAGGAACUCAUAAAGAAGGCUGCUAAAUCUUUGAUCAAAUACCACUAAGGUCACAAGAAAUAGAAUGAUUUACUCGAUUAAGAUGAUGAUUUUAUCUACAUUGAAAUUGUCCUUUCCAAGAUUCCUGAAGAAUAUUCAAUCAGACCUCUCUAGAUUUCUUUACCUGUUCCUAUUUAUGGCGCAGAAUAAAGCUCCAAGUUCUGUAUCUUCACCAAGGAUCCUCAAAGAGAAUACAAAGAUAAGAUUAAAAAUUUAGAUAUUCCCAAUAUUGCUCGUGUUAUGGGAUACUCAAAGAUCGACAAGAAGUUCCCCACUUACAAAGAUAAGCUAAAACUCUUCUACUCUUACGAUCUCUUCUUUGUUGACUACUCUAUUUACGAAUUGAUUCGUAAACCUACUGGAAAAGUUUUUUAUGAAAGAAAGAAAAUUCCCUUCCCUAUUAACUGCAAGGAAGUACCUGCUGAUUAAAAGGAAAAGUUUGGUGACGACUACUAAGCAUAUUUAAAUGAUUUAGCUAAUUACACCUACUUCUCUAUGGGUAACGGUCCUGUCUAUACCAUCAAAGUAGCCAGAACAAACAUGAAUAUAAAAGAUAUUGUUAAAAACAUUAUUCACGGAAUAUACAACACUGUUCCUCAUUUAUUAAAAUAAAAGAUUAAACACAAUAGAGUUAGAUAAGUCAACAUUAAAACAUUCAAUUCUAUUUCUCUCCCUAUAUUUAACUAACUCACUGAAGAAGAAAAGAGCUCAGUAAUUACUGAGUGA